GAAGGGGCCCCUCUCAAGUUGCUGAGAGCAAGGAGAGGAACUGAGGUUUGUGAGCACUGUGGCUUGUCUGCUUCCUGUUUCAUCAGACUGCUGUGCAAAAAAGAAUGUCGGUACCGGAGGAAAACGGAGAGGGGGCUCAGAACAUCUGACUGACUGCCUCCCUGGCCAUCUGAGACCAGAGAGACACUAGGGACAGAACCUGGGACCUGAGAUCCAAGCAGCUGUUCAAGGAACUGGAAGCCAAAGACAACAGGUGCUCGGGAGGUCACCAUGAUCAGCUCAGACCCCAAGUCCUCCCCUGGCUUGGCUCGGUGGGCUGAGAGCUACGAGGCCAAGUGUGAAAGACGUCAGGAGACCCGAGAAAGCCGCCGCUGCCGCCGCAAUGAGACUACUUGCCGCCAGCCGGGGAAAGUGCUGAGGACCCAGCACAGGGAACAGCUUCAGAGAGCUCGGCAGCUCCAGUUCCUCAGGAGGAGAAACCUGGAAGAUGAAAAUAAAGGCCAGGUCAGGGAGCCAGGGCCUUCCCGCGAGACAGAUGGAGGGACAGGUCAGGUGACUGUCCUCCAGGAGCCCUUGCCUGGUGCCAACAAGACCGCUCUCCCUGGACAGCAGGUAACAGGGACGAGCUCUGCCGUUUUCCCGACCCUGCGUCAUUCCUCCUCAAGCCUCCAGAGAGAUUUGGAUGGCCUCCAUUCCUCACACGUGACAGUCUGCCCACCACAGGACUCUGCCAUCAAGAAGCCAGACAAACAGCACCGGGGUACUCAGACAAAGGCAGUAGAGGCGCAGACAAGAGUGAAGAGCGACGCCAGUCAGCAAACCAACUGUGGAGUCGCAGUUCAAGAUAAGGACAUCAUCCAGCUCUCUGAGUACCUCAAAGAAGCUCUCCAAAGGGAGCUGAUCCUCAAACAGAAAAUGGUGUUUCUCCAGGACCUGCUGCCUGCCCUGAUCCGGGCCUCUGACAGCUCUUGGAAGGGGCAGCUUAAUGAAGACAAACUGAAGGGCAAACUAAGGUCCCUAGAAAACCAGCUCUAUACCUGCAUGCAGAAACACACUCCCUGGGGAAUGAAGAAGGUGCUGCUGGAGAUGGAAGACCAGAGAAGCAAUUACGAGCAGAAGGCUAAGGAGUCGCUGCAGAAAGUGCUGGAAGAGAAAAUGAGCGCGGAGCGGCAACUGCAGAGUGUGCAGCUGUCCCUGGCUUUCGCGGAGCAGAAGUGUGAAGAGUGGAGGAGUCAGUAUGAGGCUCUUAAGGAGGACUGGAGGAGCCUAGGGGAGCAGCACAGGGAGCUGGAGAGUCAAUUGCAUGUGCUUCAGUCCAAACUACAGGGAGCAGACAGCAGAGGCUCACAGAUGAACCAGGCCCUGCGACUUUUAGAAAAUGAGCACCAGGAGCUGCAGGCCACAAUCGAGCGUCUGCAAGGGGACAGAGAGCAGCAGAGCUCCGACACCCAGGACCUGCUAGAUCGGCUAAAGCGGUCAGAGGAGGAGAACCGGGUCCUGGUGAGCAGAGUACAGCAGCUGCAGAGUCUGCUUCAGAAACAGUCCUUACACCACCAAGAACAGGAGAAACUCUUAAAGAAAGAUCAGGCUUUACCUGUGUGGAACCCAAAGCUCUCCUUUGAUGAAGCAAAGCCCGAGAAUACAGGGAAGGAGAAAGACUGGGAGCUCAGAGACCAGCUACAAAAGGAGACAUCUCAGUUCCGGGCCAAGGAAAAGGAGUGCAGAGAGCUGCAUUCAGAGCUAGACAUCCUCAAUGACAAGCAGCACUCCUGUCUUGGAAAGCUACGGCACUGUCAAGAAGCCCUGAGCCACAGCCAGGAGGCAUCUCCCAGAGUGCGGUGUCGCAGGAAGCCCUUCCGGCUCCCUGCCAGCGGCCAGGAAGGUAACUGACCGUCCCACGUCCCACACAAAACCGCGAAAGCUCCACGGUUAUGAGAAGAACCCCCAGCAAAGACAGUCUGACGCACAAACACACACCGCCCUUCCGCGACGUCAUUCAGAACGCGAACGCAAGCCGGAACCAUUGACGAGACCGUGGACAGGAACAGAAUAGGAAGUACAACCACCCUAGACACACCCCUUCCGGUAGAACUGAAGCCGACUGGGCUGCCGGGCGGAAGUGAAAGGUAGUUCCGGGACCUGCAGCUAUUUAGUCCGCGAUGUUGUGGGGAUGCCUCUUCUGUGAGCAAUGCUAUAAAGUUUUUUGUUUUAUUUUAUCUUAUUUUAUUUUAAUGCCCCUAAAUCCUGGACGUGAUAGGUUGAGUGCCAAGACCGUGAAUAUUCACUCCUUUUUAGCGAGUGCCGUUAACUGUUGAGCCAGUUCACUGGCCCACUAUUUUAUUGUAUUAUUUUACUUUGACAGCGUUUUGUGUAGCUGGGGCUGUCGGGGGACGAGACUUCUCCGGUUUGUGCCAUGUUGGGGACUGACCUCUGGAUUUUAGGCAUAUUAACACUCACUAACUGAGCUACCUCUGCAGCCCCGAGUAUUUACCCUCAGUGUGCCUAGGCGGGAGAGGUAUUGCAUUGUACAAAACAGCAACCCCAUCUCAUGAACCUCAAGGCCCAAGAGUCCAGUUUGCUGAUCAUUUUUAUUUUAAGAGUUUUUCUUUAUUUUCAUUUAUAUGUUCGUAUGUGCAGGUGCCUAAGAAGCCAGAAAAGGGAAUAGGAUCACUCAGACCUGAAGUUAAAAGUAUUACGAACUGCCCAACAUGGGUUCUGGGAGCCGAAUUCAAAUCUUUGGAAGAAAAGCAAACACUCUUACCUGCCAAGUCUCUAUAGCCGCCCUGUUGUGCUUUUUUGAGACAAUGUCUUUCUAUGUGCCCCUCAAAUUUAUGACAAUCUUCCUGCCUCAGCCUCCAGAGUGCUGAGGUUAGAGUCUGUGCCACCAUACCACCACAUUAGGGGAUUCGAAUGAGAAGUGAAGAUCCAGGGGCCAAGUGGACCAGGUAGUGGCAUUCCUACCUAUCCUUGGAGCCAAAGUGGACCAGGUAGUGGCAUACCUACCUAUCCUUGGAGCCAAAGUGGACCAGGUAGUGGCAUACCUACCUAUCCUUGGAGCCAAGUGGACCAGGUAGUGGCAUACCUACCUAUCCUUGGAGCCAAAGUGGACCAGGUAGUGGCCUACCUACCUAUCCUUGGAGCCAAAGUGGCACCAUUUUCAUGAGUUCAUCUGUGUGGUCUUGCAAAGAUCAUUUCAACUAGGCUUAACUGUUGACAUUCCCUUGUAGAAGAAGGGUCUUGGGACCCUCGUCGGAGUACCCAGCCAAUUCAACCAAAUGAAUGUUGUCUCAAGGAAGUAUCUAGGCAGGGAAAGCCUAGGAGGGCAGGGAGGUGAACAUCCUCUGGGAAGUCAUAGAAGAGUUAACCUCCUUACUGGGUGUAGAAUUCCCAUUGAGGCUGCUGCUUUUUGUUUUGAUUUGUUUUGUUUUUUUGGGGGGGGGACAGGUUUCUCUGUGUUACAGCUCUGUCUGUCCUAGAACUCACUUUGUAGACUGAGAUCUGCCUAUCUCUGCCUCCCAAGCGCUGGGAUUAAAGGCCUGUAUCCAUCGUGGCUGCUUUAAGGCACCCACGCUCCUGCACACCACCCCUCACCCACUGCUCUGUGAGUAAGCCUAAUGGGAGCCUUCACUGGUUCCCCCAGAUUGACUUCGGUGGAAAUGUACCCCCCACUUGUCACUGGGACCUUAGGAAGGGAGGUAAAUGUUGCCUUGUCCCUUUCCCCAGAGAAAAAAAUCUCACAACCAGACACUAAAGAAGGACAAGUGUUGACAUAAGAAAUUAAGGCCUUUUAAACUACCAGCAAGUUAACCUAUAUCUCUGUGAAGGAAAAUCUUAGGAAAACUCUAGCCUGGAAAAAUAAUGCCAAUUUAUGAGCAGCAGAAUGGAGACCUGACCUGGAGGUUGGCUCUACCUUGCUGGUACCUUCAGACAGAAAAGGACCAACAGUGGGGUUAAAGACAGACAGCACGUAAGGAGGACCAGUUGUAGGGCCUGCCAAUCUAACUUAGGUUCUUAGCUCAGAGGGCAUCAGAUACUAAAAAUUGAUACAACCAGUACUCUAGCUUUAUAUUUUUUUCCUUUCCAAAUUUAUUUUAUAUCCCCAUGGCAGUUAGCAAUAAAUCUCCAAGUUGGAAGACUUAGUUCAUUCAUUACAGCACAAAUAUCUGAGAACACAUUGUAUCAGACACUGCCAAAGGCCUGGCAGUCAAUCCAAGACAAACAGUCACGUAGGGCAUAGGUAGUGAGGGCUUUACCAGAACACAGUUAUUCUGAAAGUUUAAGAUGCUAUGAAAACAUACAACCAGAGACUUAAUUAUGGGGAGGAACCCAGACUUGGCAUUUGCCCUCCCCGUUUACCUCAGUGGGUUCUUUUUAACUCUGAGUUAAUCUAGAGUGCACAUGGAGGAAAAGGAGGAGCUAAGGCAGAAUUCUCCUCCCUCCUGAGUCUUGAGAGGAAGGCAAGGGAAAAGACAGCUCGGGAGGGAAUGGAAGAGGCAGAAAACCGAGCCCUAAGAGAGGAUACCUGGUGUCUACCAAAACCAGAGAAAGCUUACUAAAGAUGAUCAGAGAAGAUCCCUGCAUGUAACGUACUCUCCCAGCAUCCUGAAAAAGAUGCAAGACAAGGAAGGCCCUGGACUGUCUAGUGAGGACCACACAAAAGUGUUCCUCCACCUAACACACUCCUCAACUUCCCAUCAUAGUCAUGCACUGAACGUUCGGUCUAUGGCAUUUCAGAACAUUUUUCAACAUCCUUUACCAGUUCCGGUUAUCUGGCCUUCCCUAAUAACCUGUUACAUUUCACGACGGGGGGUGUGUGUGGAAGAAAUGGCCUCUAUUCCACAGCUGCCCUUUCACUUUUCCUAUAAUGGGUUAUUUUUAACUUCGAGCUGCCAGAUUCCAUGGAGCAGCCACACAUCAAGACUCCCUCACUUCAACUCGCCAAGAGAUGUUACUUUAUGUUCCUCCAAAAAAUAAAA